CCACAGAAAGAUGUCUGAGAAAGAGCCCAAGACAGAGGUCUUCACCAUAGCUGGUGCUGAAGCAGGAGAGACGACGACAGAGAAAGGCAAGAGCAAAACAAACCAGAAGAUUUGCAGCAUAUAUGAGCAGUAUAUCCAGCCGUGCCUGGCUGAGCUCUUUGGGACUGCCCUGUUUGUGUUUGUGGGGUGUGCAUCAGUGAUUGGGAACGUGGGAGUGGAGGGCUCCAUCCAGCCUGCAGUGGCACAUGGACUGGCACUGGGGGUGCUGAUCAUGGUGCUCGGUCAAAUCAGCGGAGGGCACUUUAACCCUGCGGUGUCUCUGAGUGUCUACCUGUGUGGAGGGAUGCCGCUAACCUUGCUGGGGCCUUAUAUCUUGGCUCAGAUGUCAGGUGGGAUGAUUGGUGCUGGUCUGGCUAAGGCAGUUUACCCCUCCCCGAAGUUUCUUGUUUCCUCCGGUGGAGCCUUCAAUGUGGUGAAAACCACCAGCGCUUUGGGCAGUGCCACAGUGGCAGAGAUGAUGAUGACUCUGUUCCUGUCCACCGUGGUGUGCAUGGGAGCCAUCAACAGUCGGACCCGCUCACAGUUGGCUCCUUUCUGCAUCGGCCUCACCGUGACAGCCUGCAUACUGGCUGGGGGGGAGGUGUCUGGAGCCUGUAUGAACCCAGCCAGAGCCUUCGGCCCUGCAGUGGUAGCAAACCACUGGGACCACCACUGGAUCUACUGGAUUGGACCCACCUGCGGCGCACUACUUACUGUCAGCUUCGUUAGGUUGCUGUUUGGUGACCAGAAGACUCGAGUCGUCUUGAAGUGAAGCCUAAUUUAUUGAAGAGUGGAUACUUCCCAGCUUGUU